GCGAUGUUCGUUGGACGGUGGUAACAUCGGAUAUUUCCAAUGCAGAGGAAAAUCGUGAAAACCUGAUAUUUUGUGAAUUUCAACCGGCCAAAUGGUAUCAGUUGCGUAUAUCGGCAACAAAUGACGCGGGUAAAACAACAGAACAUUAUCACUUCGCUACAACGAAUAUAGAUGGUGUUACAAUACCACCACCUCCCGUCUUUCCAUCGGAAAAUGAUUUAAUGAAUAACCUCAUUAAUGCUACAAAUCCCACCAAUGGCGACUGGCUGUCAACGUUUAUUGUCAUUGUCAUUAUAACUGUGGCCAUAAUAACAAUAGCUUUAACCAUAAAACAUCGUCGCACUCUAUGUGGCCCCCUGGCCGAGGGCUAUGAAUCCCGCACAUUACCGGGUGAAUACAAAGAAGACCAUGACAAUCGCCGCAAUCAGCAGGUGUAUAGUGCUUCACCCGUUAAAACAGUGGAUAAAGGAAAUGAAUCAG